CUUGUCACUUUUUUUGAAGGUGGACGAGCCGAUCACUGCUGAACAAUAGGAGAUGAUUGUGAGUGGAUCAGUGAUUGUGGGGUCACAGGCCGGUUUUCGUCCCACUGUUUGGUCUCUCGGGUUUGUUAAGGUGAUCAGUUUUGAGCUCCUCCCUCUACUAGGACAGGUAUAUGUGCACACACACUCGCGCUGACUGAGAGUACUUUAAUACAGCUUGUGGAAACUGUACACGGACAAUAUAAUUGACGCUGGAAAGUGCCAGUGCAAAUAUUCAGUUGCCGACUUGAAGCAAACAUGGGAAACGAACAAUCAGCCCAGAAAAAACGACAAAAGGCAAAUCCUGAGAAAAAAGUCCAUAAUGGAGAAUUAAAUGGACACGCUGUACCGACUCCAGAUCAAACUGAACCUGUUGCUAAAAAAGAAGCCCCGGUAGAGCAAAAGAGUGAAGCUCCACCAGUGGCUGUCAAAGAGGAACCAAAACCACCAGAAAAGGAGGAGGUUGACAACAGUAAAGCCAACAAACCUGCACACGUGGAAACAACACCUGAGAAAAAAAUCACAGUCGCAACAGAUUCAGAGCCUCCAAAAAAAGCCCCAAAGUCUAGUGGAGAUGAGACUCCCAACUUCUUUGGUAAAAUGUUCAAAAAGAAGCCUGAACCAGUAAAGCCUGCAUCAGAAAAGAAUGACACAGUGGACGCACCAGUGACCGUGCUGGAGCUGAAAAUUGAUGCACAGCCUGAUCCAGUGGACAUAAAGAUCAGCACAGAGCCUGAGCCGGAGCCCAAGGCUGAAGCCCUCGAACCCAGUCCUGUGCAAACCACAGAAGAAAACAACCUGUCAGAGGAGGCCAAAGCAGCAGAGAAGACAGUUAUGAACUUUUUCAAAACUUUUGUUCCCACCAAAACAAGCAAAGAAGCCAAAGCCGCUGCCGAUGUUUCAAAGGAGCAGUCACAAAAAGAAACCCCACCAGCACCAUCAACAAAUGAAGCACCGAAGGCUCCUCCUCCUCCUCCUCCUCCCCCUGCACCUCCAAAGAUGGAGAGCAAAGCAGAGCCGGCGGUGAAGAAAGAGGAAACGUCUGCAAGUAAAGCAGCAGUCAAAGCAGAGCCCUCUGCCAAGAGCAAAACUAAAGACGGUGCAUUUAGCAAACUCUUCCGCUCAAAGGUGUUGCUAGGCAAGAUGGUGUCAAAAGUUCAGGCGGUGACAACCGGUGGAGGCCGCGCUCAGACAUCAGGAGCGCAGGUAGACUCAUCUAAGAGCAGCACUCUUGAGGCGGCCGCCAAACCUGAAGAGCCUCCAGCGCCAAAACCAGAAGAGAAGAAGCUGGAGAAGAAGUCGACUUUCGGGAACAUGUUCAAACCCAAGGUACUGCUAGGUCAGGUGAGCUCUAGGAUCCAGGCAGUGGCGUCCAGCGCUCGUGUGUCCCUCAUGUCUGCUGGAGCGGCAUCAGAAUCCAAGAAGGAGACGGCAGCUCCAGCUCCAGUGGCAGAAGCUGCUCCACCUGUAAAAGCCAAAGAAGAGCCAAAACCUGCCGCUCCAUCAGCACCACAACCGGCCCAGGACAACAAAUCAGUCGCAAGCACAGACGCCUCCCCCAACAUGCCCCGAAAACUGGAGAAGAGGAACUCGCUGCAGCUCUUCUUCAAAAACCUGGGCCAAAAACGCCAUUCUGAUGCCGGAGUGCAAACGGAGCCUGUGGCACCCGAGAAGGCCAAAUAAAACCCCCGACUUUGUUCUGAACGUUCAUCUUUGCCAAAACCCUUGGCGAGCUUCCAAAUAGAAACAUUCAUUUAAAUGUCACGAGCAAACGUUGGGCCCAAUUUAAAGCAAUUAAUUUCAGUUAUCUAAAUCUAAAUCUGAAGUUACGCCAUGCAUUGUUGAUGGAGAGCAAAAGUAAGUGUUUGGAUAUUUCCUGUUAAGCAAGUGCUAUUUGUGUUUUUGAAUGGAGGGACUAACUUGUGGUGUUUGCCCACAAAGAAACAUGUCAGAGUUGCGUAAUGUGGCUUUUGAUGGGAAAGUGAAAGUGAAAAUGUAACUCUACUUUUAAGAUACAAAUCUCUUCCUUAUAUUCUGUGCAUGUUCAAAUGUAAAAAUAUAUAAGAUAUGUCAACUAACGCUAUACUUGCAUUGCACAUUAAACUUCAUUUUCACCUGAACAAAGCAUGUAACAUGCUUGUUUGCACGUGAAAAGUAUUUCUGUAAUCACACACAUCUGACUGCAAAAACUAUGACCCAUAAAUAGCUUUUUUCAAUCGAUGUGCUCAUUGAAACUCCACUGUAAGUGCAUAAAGCCUGAAUUGCUCAUCAUAGAAACACCAUAUAUUACAACUUGCUUCAAUGCAACUGUUAUUUUUCUUUCUUGCAUUGUUUUCUAGUACUAACAUGUAAUGCUUAAAAUAUGAAAAACAUUGUCAAUGAAUGGGGUCAGCCAUUUUUUUAGUAAUUGUUUUCAGAAUGUUUAGAUAUUUAUACUGGAAAAACCAUAUAUGUCAUUUAUUUGCUACCCAGAUUUCAUCUUUUUUUAAAACUUUGCUUUCAUUUCCACUUAUAAAAAGCUAGCAAAUAGGUUAUUAAGUUUAUCUUGUUAAAAAGCUUUAUCCGUUUGUCUUUUUUCUUGCUUGACUGUCCUGACCAGGGGAGACUAAUAGAAAAUGAAGCUUUUUAAAUGUUCAAGAUGUUUUUCCCCCAUGAACACGUCACUUGCUAUUAGAACAUUAUAUAAAGUGUUAUACAGUUAUGCAGUAUACAAUGUACAUCCAACUCUCUUCUAUAGUCACAUACUGUAUGUUAUACGGUUUCCUUUCUAAUGUUGUCUACAUUUGUAAAGAAUAGAUGGGCCUAAUUCAGACGAUAUCUAUCAGUCUUAGACAUUCUGUAUCUCCUUUGUUGCAUCUUUAACCAAUUUAUACAAAUAAAAAAAUCAUUUGUUUCCUCUUUAAAA